AUGCGGUAUGAACUACUAGGUAUCGCAUCCGCAUCGGCGGGCCUUCUCUCCCAUCUCCUGUACUUCAUCCAUGGACACAAGGCUACGCAGGCGCCGCAAAUCCUCGUCUUCUAUCUAAUCGCAGAAUGUUUCCUCUACGCGCGAAGCAUCCAUUUGCUGGGCGCUUUGCAAGGUUACCUCACGGCUAGUGUUAUAUCGCUCUGCUACUUCCUGGCGCUCUUCACCAGCAUCGUAAUAUAUCGCGUCUUCUUCCAUCGCCUACGCCACUUCCCAGGACCGUUCUGGGCAAAAGUCACAAAAUUCUACUCUCCUUGGAUAGCCUGGGAUGGCAAACUUCACGAGAAGCACGCCGAGUUCUUCGAGAAGUACGGAGACGUUGUUCGAAUUGCCCCCAAUGAGCUCAUCUUCUUGUCGAUAGACACUCAGCAGAAGCUCCACGCAGCAACCACACGAUGCUCGAAACGGGAGUCGGUUUAUGAGGUUCUACAUUACGAAGGCCACCUUAGUCUGGAGACGUUAUUGAGUCGCGAUGAGCAUCGUAGGAGACGUCAGAUAUGGGACAAGGCAUUCAACACAAAAGCUCUGGAAUCAUACGAAGCAUACGCGCGAGAGGUCGUCUACGAAUGGCUGGAAAAGAUGGCGACUCUCCAGGGCCAACCUGUCAAUACUUCGCUGUAUUCCCUCCUGAUACCCUUCGAGAACAUGGGUCGCAUGGGCUUCUCCCACAACUUUGGCUCCAUCCAGAAAGGUGUAGAGGACCCCAUGCUGCACUAUCUCGAGGUGACACUGGGCAGCGUCGGCAAACUUGGCGCCAUGUACUGGCCCAUUGCUCUUCUGAAUGCUGUCGGUGGGAGCAGCGACCAUGUGGCGUUUCAAAGGCUCUCAUGUGGGAUGGUAGACAAGAGGGAACAGGUAGCGAAUGAAGAACAGGAAGAUAUUAUGAAAUAUCUACUCCAGGAUUACCGUGCAAAGGAGCCCAAGGCCUUUCGUCACCAUAACAUGCUAUACUCGGAUUCGCAGGCUCUUAUGGUCGGCGGAACUGAUACUAUCGGUGCCGUGUUGUCUUUCAUCUUCUAUUAUACGGCGCGCGAUCCUGCCAUACAGAAGAGACUGCAUGAUGAACUGGAACCUCUCUAUGGACGUACAAUGUCCGGGGAAUUCACAAACCGCGACUUGAGCGAGGCAGAGGCACCAUACCUUAACGCAAUCAUCAACGAAACGAUGAGAAUGAAUAAUCCCACUUGCUCUAAUGGACCUCGCGUCACUCCGCCCGAAGGCCUGGAGAUUGACGGAGUGUUCAUUCCGGGCAAAGUUGCAGUCUACUCGCCGAUACAUGCCAAUCACCGAAGUGCCAAAUUCUUCAAGGAACCAGACACCUUCAUCCCGGAACGAUGGACUACACGGCCUGAUCUCGUGAUUGACAAACGCGCAUACCAUCCCUUCCUUCUCGGCCCCCAUUCCUGCGUCGGGAAAAGGAUUGCCUUGAUCGUGAUACGAUUGGUGGUAGCUUAUACGGUUUGGUAUUAUGAGUACGAGUUUGCUCCCGGUGAAGAUGGAGUGGCGAUUCUUCGGGAUUCAGUGAAUGGGCAGAUUCUGAAGGCUGGUAAACUGGAAUGUGUCUUCAGACAGAGGACUUGA